GCUCAAGGCAACAAAUAGUGUUUCACUUUGUCUGCGGCAGUAGUUACAAGUGUAUUUUUUCUCCUGGCGUACUAUUUUGUUUUCUACAUGACAGGCACACAGACAAACCUCCCUCGAGGUGGCGACAUAACAUUGACGUUCGCUCCAAAAAAAAAAAUAUGACAUGGUAGCGUGUAGCGAUACUUGAGCUUGACGCAUACACAGGAACCCAAGCGCAAACAAUGACCCAUGAUAUACUUAUCCCGACCCUCCUGCCCAGAGUUUGUAGGUGCCCGAAAAUCCCGUCAGGGCUCAGUCACCAUUAGUUCUUACCUUGUUCCACCACGCGCCAUAUAUUCGUGAGUCAGCGGCGCAUGACGUGCAAGCAUGAAAUCCCGCGCCGAACAAUCUCGCCCCCGUGGCGGUCGCGGAGCAGCCCCCGCGCGACGGGAAGACUCUCGCGACAAGGGAGCUGCUGCAAAGAGCACGAAGAAUCAUGAAGAUGCCCGGUCCCGGCGGCAGCACCGGGAGCAGCGCAGCCGCGAGCGCGAGGACAGCAGAAGAGCGGCGAGAGCACCGGGGGCUCCUGCGAGCAACAGUAGGGAUAUUAAGCCCACGACAAAUAAAACCACUACCCGCGCAACAAGACUUUCUACGACCUCGUCUGGAGAGGACGACCGGAAGAAGGAGGGCAGGAUCGCGCGGCUUCAGAAAGACAAACAGAAACAAGCGUCGAAACGGGCCGACUCUGGGUCCUCGGGGAGGGACGAGAAGCUUCCACUAAGAUCCGCACGGGAUAUCAAAGACAGUAGAGAUGCUCCUCGUGCUAGAAGGACGGUGGAGAACAAGCGAGGAGCAGACUCACGGGCGAGAACUACAACAAACACGACAGGAGCGUGCGAUCGGCAGCGAAGAAGUACCAGAGCAGUAGAAGAUGUUGAUCUUCCCAUGAAUGAGGACUUCUCUCGGGGUCGGGAAGAACGAAAACCGCGCGAGCGCACCCGUGACCUCCGUGAGAAUGAGCGGCAGCGGCGACGGGCGGAUUCAAGAGGUGGAAAGAGGAGUAGAGACCGCUCCAAGGAACAGGAAGACGGACGGACAGACUCUGGUCGGCGAGCAGACCCACAAAAGUCUGUUGACUACGACGACAUAGACGAAGAGAAACAUCACGAGCGCAAGAAACCCCCGCCGGCGAAUGGCCGCGCGACUGCAGGAGCAGAUCAUACGGUGAAGUCGGAAGGAGCACAAGCAGAACCACCUCCAAAAGUAAAAAAUGCACUGUUCCAACCUUCUCUGCAGCCGAAAGCCGCUCCCUUCACCGCUGCGAGUAACUUCAUGAAUCAGUCUCUGAUAAUGGGACAAAACGACCAAAACACGACAAUGAGCGGUACUACGCUACCAGGCUUUCCCACCCCGCCCGCCGGUGCCGGUGCAGGCACGAAUCAAUACGACGGGGUGAUCUUUUAUUCCCUGAAAAUUACCCAUCCCCAUCCACUUUUUGCAUGACAAACACAUGAUUUUAUGUAUGUUUUGCAUGACAAAUUGGAUGGGGAUGGUUAAUUUUCAGGGAAUAUCUUUUUUCAGCAGAUGCAGAUGGUGCAAAUGCAGCAACAGAUCCUCCAGCAGAAAAUCAAUCAACAAAUGCAAGCGCUGCAGCAAGAAAAUCUUCCGGAGUUACAACACGUGCAGCAAAGCGACAAUAAUUUUUCGGGUGAACAAACGAUGAAAAAUGAAAAGCCGACGCCAGCUGAACCUAAACCUGCACUCAAUUUCGACGACAAGCUGCAGAAUCUGGCCAGCCGUUACCAGCAGAAAAACACGAUGAGCAAAAAGGACCAGAAGAAGAAGGACCUUGACAUCCUGCUCGAGGAGAUGAAGCAAAAGACCAAGGAGCAGGAAAGCCGCGAGAAAAUCACGAUAGAGGUGCCGAAAACGAAGGAACAGCACCGGUUCAUCGACAUUGUGGCGCAGUACGUAGCAAAAUGCGGGUAUACAUUUGAAGAGCAGAUCCGGCAGGACGUGAAAGAGGGCAUUCUGAACUUCGCGGAAAGUAGUAGUCAUGCUGCGAUAAAGCUGCAUGAGCGACAGGAGAAUGAUGAUGACGAUGAGGAUGACCACAAACAGAACCAGAAGAACUUAUCAGACUCGGAGGCCGACGAGGACAUCAAGGAGGUUGAUCAUGGCAAAGAAGAAAAGUCAUCAGAGUCCUCAGGCGAAGAUGAAGCAGGAGGGGAUGGGGAAGAUGUUUCUCCCAUAACCGCAAAGAAAUCUUCGAGUAAAAAGAAGCGCAAAAAGAUGAACGAGAAUUCACCUGCGAAAAAAACUAAGACCGCCUCUUCAUCUAUCUCAGCCGCUACUACAACUACUACCUCCCUCGUCAAUGCCGACUUUCUUCUGGACCCGAGAGACCCAAACUAUGCUGAGAAGGAAGCCCUUUACUACAAGUGGCGGGUGUACGCCUAUACCCAGGGCGACGAAAGGACCCGCUGGCGCACGGAGCCGUUCCAGAUGGUGCGGAACGGCCCGGUGUUUAUCCCCCCGAAAAUCCCCGAGGCGUUUUACUACGCGAUACCCCAGGAGGCCGGCGCCUACCGGCGGAAGCGACGGCGGACGGAAAAUGGCACGGAGGAGGAAAUUUUGGAGGAAAAAAAAUCGGUGUUCACCAGCAAGGAAGAGGCGCUUGCGGCGGCUGCGAGCGGCAUCGUCACCGGCGUUCUACGUGGUGGGCCUGAUUCUUCUCUUCUUGACCAAGCUGGUAAUAGUACCGUGCAGAACCAGAUGAAAACCAUGAACAUCAGAGAGCAGUUGGAUACAAAGUGGUCGAAUCAGCAGUCGACCCGGAAGGUCGCGGGCCAGGAGCCCCUCGACGAGGAAGGGAAAAAGGAGCUCGAGCAGCUCAUCGGCCAACUCAAAAUGACCCGGAAGUCGAUCUACGGCGCCAUGGCGAUUCUGAUGGAGCGAUUCGCGAAUUCCGCCAAGCAGGCGACGGCGGAGUUUCUCUGCGAUAAGCAAGAAUUCGAGAAAUUUGAAGAAGUGAAGGACUCUGCCAUGUUCGAAUACAACCGGUUUCUGGUCGACUAUGGCGUUCUCAACUGUUACUGUUACAUUCUCAGCUGUUACAUAAAUUUGUGAUGCAAGAAUGGUAAAAGUGAUAGGGGGAAUCUUGCGCGUCUUGCAUGACAGAUUUGGCACCGAUUAUCAGCCUGCUCGGCCCUCUGAGAAUUUGUCAUACGAAGCAGCUUGAUGGUGUCGACUCUGAAGGUAAUUUUGCAUGACAAAUCAUGUAACAGUUGAGAGUGUAACGGUUGAGAACGCCAUAUCGACUCCGCGAUCGCCAGGAUGUACCUGAUCUCAGAUUUGUUACAGAACGCGUCCUCCCUAUCCCAACCGAGGGCUUGGUGCUACCGGAAAGAACUGGAACAACAUCUACCGGAGAUGUUUUGGGUGUACGGGAAGAUUCUGUACACGCAGUGCAACCCUAGUACAACUUCUUCGGGGAAUGAUGAAAAGAUAAAGAAGAGAAACAAGAAAGAAGGAAACCGAAACGAAAUCGACACAAAUUUAUCUGGUGCAGCUAGUGGGUUCAACAUGUUCAGUGCCCAGGAUUACUUCAAGACGCAGUCCACUAGUACCUCCACCUCUUCGUUAACAAACGACAACAAGCGAUUCCCUCAGCAGUACUUCGCCGGCCGGAUUUGCCGGAUUCUCGCCGCCUGGCAGGAAUCGUGUUUAUUCUCCCCGAUGUUUUUACAGGGUUUGAAAGCGACGUUUUUGUUGAGUUUCUCAAGGGAAAUCUCCAUCUCCGACUACAAGGAGUGCUCGCGCAUGUCUCAGAAGCGCAAGGAGUGGGCGAAGUUUGAGCAUUUCUCCCAACUGGAGAAACUCUGCCGGGAGAGGGGGCUGCUGUGCAAAAACCCCAAAGCAGAAGAGCCGGAAGGAGCCGCGGCUAAGGUGAAAAAGAAUAAACACCAGUCCGAGAAUAUCCUGUGCAAAAGUAUCGUACUCGUAGUAAUUGCUAUCAUGCAUGACAAAUAUCCCUUUUUAGGUAAAUCAGCAUUACAAAUUCCAUUUUUUUUCUUGACAAAAUUUGUGAUGCAAUUUAUACUAGUACGAUACUUUUGCAAUGCAUAGAGAAGGAGAAAGCCGCUGCAAAAGACCGCGAAAUGACGACUGGACAGGAGUUUCUUGUGGAGCAGCUGGCGAUGUUUGAAUACUUAAUUUCGAACGGCAACGAGUACACUUUCGACGAGAAGGAGGAAGACGAAGAAGAGGACAUCAACCUGCUUCCGGAAAAGCAAAGAACUGCGAGCGGUACGGUUUCAUCUGGCGCCGCGGUUCCAGUUCCUGUCUCGACAUCUUCAUCUGGCACAGCAGCAGCUGGUGUCCCAGUGGCCACUGCCGUCGCGGUCGCGAAGCCUGUGGUCGCGGUGGGGAUUUCCAUCGCGAGAACCGCCGCGACAAGGGACUUCCACGAGAAAAACAAGCCGGUUUACGGGAACUUGGACGGCAUCCCCUUGUCGAAAGAGCUCCACCGCGUCUUGGCGAAGCAGGCGGAGAGGGACAACUGGUGUCAGUGUGAGAAACUGCGGAAAAUGAACGAGGAACACGAUGAGUACGCGACGAUUUUGCACAAGUUGUUCGUGUCGAAUCAGAAAGUGGAUAACAAAAAGUGGCGGGAGAUCCAAAAGGAAGAAAAACGGCAGGCGGCUAUUCAGAAGGCAAAGGCCUGGGAGGGGUACUGCGGGCGGGAGGCUGACAUGGAGAAAAUGCGUGCGGAAAGGCGGAAACUGCAUGAAAAUUUGUGGAAAACGGAAGUACAGAGCGACGAAAAGAAUAAAAAGAAGAAAAAUAAAGUGGAGAAGCGAAGGAAAAGAUCUCAGGAUAGAUCUGCUGCCUCAGCAUCGCCACGGGAAAGCGCAGAAGAUGGUGUUGAAGACGACUUUUCGCAAGAGGAGGUCGCUGCUGGAACAAGUCGCAAUAGGAAGCGGCGGCGAAGAGACGGCGAGUCAUCGUCCCCAAGGGAUGAUGAAGAUUACGAGCACGAGGAAAAGUUGCAGCGGCUGCAGAGUGUUUCUUCGGAAGAUUUAUAUGCAGCUAAAAACGGCGAGAAAUACUACAACGAAGAUGACCAGGAAGACUACAAGAAUUACCGUCGCGGCAACGACUCCCGAAAAAGAGAUCAUCGUCGCAGACGUGGUCAAGACCGCUGGCGUGCAGACGACAAUGGAGAUCAUGAUAACGCCUCACAUGAAGAUCUCGACGGACAGGCUAUGUCCGACGAUGACCAAAACGACGACGACAGGAGAUACAACUCAAAUCGCUACAACAGGCGCGAUCGGGAUCAGUAUAGUGCUAGAAACAGGAGCAACAGAGAUGAUCAUGCUGAAACCUACGAGAGCGGAGCCGCCUACAACAACGACUAUUACAGCAACCACAACGAAAAGUCCACCCCCGAAGCGACUAAUGAGGAGGAAGACGAGGACGCUUACGCUAGUUACGACUUCCAUGGAACAACCACAAGUGGCGCAGGAACUGGGACAACUAUCUCAAGGGCAGACAGACGUGAGAGGGAGCGUGAACAGCGGGAGCAGCGGGACGCGCGCGACCGUGAGCGGUACCAAGAUCUCUAUGAAAGCCGGAAUCGCGGCGGUGACCGGGGGGAACAAGAUGAUCGCUACAGACGGGAUUACGAUAAGAAGUACGACCAAAAUGACAAAAUCCUCGAUCAUUACGAAAACGUCGUUAAGGAAACGCGUCGCAGGAAGCGGGACAGCGGAAACUAUGGGAAGAGGGAGGAAAGAGAAACGGACUUGGCGGACAGACUCGAUGAUCCAACCCUAGGGCCCAUGGACGGCGAACCCAUGACGGACAGCGAAUGAUCAUUCGUCGAGCUUCUUCGUUGUUCGGAAAGAAAGUUUUAUACAAGCUGAUUUAUUUUUCGACUUUGUCGAGGAGGCUACGUGGGACCACGAAUAUAAAUAUAUUGCUCUUUCUCAAAAUGUUUGAACGUGGACCUUCACAAUACCGGUAUACCUUCGACGAUGAACAAAACCGCGACAACAUUUAUUUCUCAUGCUACAUUUUUUUCAUCUCUACGACGACCAAUCGCAUGUGACGAGAGCAGCUUAACUUUUCUGCACAUGAUCCGCUUUUGCAAAAUAGAAGCAAGCAGC